AUGGAUCCCAUAGACCCUCCCAGAGCCCCUGGAGUGGAGGAGAUGGAGAAUGCAGAUGCUAGCAUGCUGGGGCUGGCAGAUCCAAAAUUAUGCUACCUUCUCGAUGGGAUCCUCUUCAUUUAUGCUAUACUCAUCACAGCCUUUUUUGUAAAAGAGAAGUUAAGCAAAGGCUCUCCUGAACCCUCACAAACUCAAGGCCCUGGCGACGUAUACAAUAAAUUGUCUCAUGCGCGCAGAGAUGAGUACGAUAUGCUAGGAGCCAAGAGAGACACUGAUGUUGAAGUGGGGGAGAAAAAGCAGCACAGAAGAAAGAAUCCUCAGGAUAGAGUUUACUCUUCUCUACAGCGGGAUAAGAUGGGUGAUGCAUACAGCGAAAUUGGAAAGAAAGGGGAGAGGCGCCGAGGUAAAGGCAACGAUGCUGUUUACCAGGGACUCAGCUCAGCAACAAAGGAUACCUACGAUGCCCUUCAAAUGCAGCCGAUGCCUUCUUACUAGCACAGCAGGUUCCAACAAGACAGAGAAGCCAGGGCAGAGGACUGAAAUCCUG